GCCAGUAACAACCCUGAGGGGUUAUUUGGAAGACAGAGUUGCUCUCUCCCUUUCAAAGCUAGGUCUGGAAGAGGGGGGUGGGGACUAUAUCAACCCAUCAUCACGCCGCUUGCCAGUCUCACACACGGAUGCUUCUCCUUCAUGUUCUCUGGAAAAAUGUUCCCAGAUUAGGAAAAGGACAUUAAGGCGGGUCUGCCACGAAAGGCGAGUUUUUAACCACUGCAGCACAAAGAAAAACGGAGCGCGCUUUCACAUCAACGCAACUCCACUCUCUCGGUCAGUUCUAUACUUCAGCACCACGGAGAGCGGCACCUCCUUGGCUACCACCCAUGGAGAGCCAGAUUCCAGCAACCCAGCACGGGAUUCCGGUCAUCUAGAGGAGGGACAAGCCCGCGCGUUCUACCCUCAAUGUUGGGGAGCAGCACCUUCAAAAACAUGCAGCGCCGGCACACGACUCUGAGGGAGAAGGGCCGCCGCCAGGCCAUCCGAGGCCCCGCUUACAUGUUCAACGAGAAGGGCACCAGCCUAACGCAGGAGGAAGAGCGCUUCCUGGACUCAGCCGAAUAUGGCAACAUCCCAGUGGUCAGGAAAAUGCUGGAAGAAUCCAAAACUCUCAACUUCAACUGCGUGGACUACAUGGGGCAGAACGCACUGCAGCUGGCUGUGGGCAACGAACACCUGGAGGUCACCGAGCUGCUGCUCAAGAAAGAGAACCUGGCGCGGGUGGGGGACGCACUGCUGCUGGCCAUCAGCAAAGGCUAUGUGCGCAUCGUGGAAGCCAUCCUCAACCACCCGGCCUUUGCACAGGGCCAGCGCCUGACUCUCAGCCCGCUGGAACAGGAGCUGCGGGACGACGACUUCUACGCCUACGACGAGGAUGGUACACGCUUCUCCCACGACAUCACGCCCAUCAUUCUGGCGGCCCACUGUCAAGAGUACGAGAUCGUGCACAUCCUGCUGCUCAAGGGCGCCCGCAUAGAGCGGCCCCACGACUAUUUCUGCAAGUGCACGGAGUGCACGGAGAAGCAGCGCAAGGACUCCUUCAGCCACUCGCGCUCCCGCAUGAAUGCCUACAAAGGACUGGCAAGUGCAGCCUACCUGUCCCUGUCCAGCGAAGACCCUGUCCUCACAGCACUGGAGCUAAGCAACGAGCUAGCCAGACUAGCCAACAUUGAGACUGAGUUCAAGAAUGAUUACAGGAAAUUAUCUAUGCAAUGCAAGGAUUUUGUGGUGGGCGUUCUGGACCUGUGCCGAGACACAGAAGAAGUAGAAGCAAUUUUAAAUGGUGAUGUGAACUUCCAAGUCUGGUCCGAUCACCACCGUCCGAGUCUGAGCCGGAUCAAACUCGCCAUUAAAUACGAAGUCAAGAAGUUCGUUGCUCAUCCUAACUGUCAGCAGCAAUUGCUUACCAUGUGGUAUGAAAAUCUCUCAGGCUUACGUCAACAGUCUAUCGCUGUGAAAUUCCUGGCUGUGUUUGGAGUCUCCAUAGGCCUCCCUUUUCUCGCCAUAGCCUAUUGGAUUGCUCCGUGCAGCAAGCUAGGACGAACACUGAGGAGCCCUUUCAUGAAGUUUGUAGCCCAUGCAGUUUCUUUUACAAUCUUCUUGGGAUUGUUAGUUGUAAAUGCAUCUGACCGAUUUGAAGGUGUUAAAACCCUGCCCAAUGAAACCUUCACAGACUACCCAAAACAGAUCUUCAGAGUGAAAACCACACAGUUCUCCUGGACAGAAAUGCUCAUCAUGAAAUGGGUCUUAGGAAUGAUCUGGUCUGAAUGCAAAGAAAUCUGGGAGGAGGGGCCGCGGGAGUACGUGCUGCACCUGUGGAACCUCCUGGAUUUUGGAAUGCUCUCCAUCUUCGUGGCCUCCUUCACCGCGCGGUUCAUGGCCUUCCUGAAGGCCAGCGAGGCCCAGCUGUACGUGGAUCAGUACGUGCAGGACGACACGCUGCACAACGUGUCACUUCCGCCGGAAGUGGCGUACUUCACCUACGCCAGGGACAAGUGGUGGCCUUCAGACCCUCAGAUCAUAUCGGAAGGACUCUAUGCAAUAGCAGUUGUGCUGAGCUUUUCUCGAAUUGCAUACAUCCUGCCAGCCAAUGAGAGCUUUGGACCCCUGCAGAUCUCUCUGGGGAGAACUGUGAAAGAUAUCUUCAAGUUCAUGGUCAUUUUCAUCAUGGUAUUUGUGGCCUUCAUGAUUGGAAUGUUCAACCUGUACUCUUACUACCGAGGUGCAAAGUACAACCCAGCGUUUACAACAGUUGAAGAAAGUUUUAAAACCUUGUUUUGGUCCAUAUUCGGCUUAUCGGAAGUGAUCUCGGUGGUGCUGAAAUACGACCACAAAUUCAUUGAGAACAUAGGCUACGUUCUCUACGGUGUUUAUAACGUCACCAUGGUGGUCGUACUGCUCAACAUGCUAAUAGCCAUGAUUAACAACUCCUACCAGGAAAUCGAGGAGGAUGCAGAUGUGGAGUGGAAAUUCGCCCGAGCAAAACUCUGGCUGUCUUAUUUUGAUGAAGGAAGAACGCUACCUGCCCCUUUUAAUCUAGUGCCAAGUCCUAAAUCAUUUUAUUAUCUCAUAAUAAGAAUCAAGAUGUGCCUCAUAAAACUCUGCAAAUCUAAGGCCAAAAGCUGUGAAAAUGACCUUGAAAUGGGCAUGCUGAAUUCCAAAUUCAGGAAGACUCGCUACCAGGCUGGCAUGAGAAAUUCUGAAAACCUGACUGCAAACAACACUUUCAGCAAGCCCACCAGAUACCAGAAAAUCAUGAAACGGCUCAUAAAAAGAUACGUGUUGAAAGCCCAAGUGGACAGAGAAAAUGAUGAAGUCAACGAAGGGGAGCUGAAGGAAAUUAAGCAAGAUAUCUCCAGCCUGCGCUAUGAGCUUCUUGAGGAGAAGUCCCAAGCUACAGGUGAACUGGCAGACCUGAUCCAACAGCUCAGUGAGAAAUUUGGAAAGAACUUAAACAAAGACCACUUGAGGGUAAAUAAGGGCAAAGACAUUUAGCAGCCCAGUGGGCAUCUGUGACUUCUACCAGCAUUCCCAGGUCAGGCUGGAUGUCCUGGCCCUCACUGCUGCCUAGUGGAGAAGGGCCCCGCCCACUCCUCUAGAACACAAGGAGACCCACUGGCUCAGUCUGGAGCAUAUCACUGACUCUCCAGCCCAGGAGCCUGCCUGGACCCAGAAUUGUUGUGAAACUGAGUUGGUGGGUGAGAGGAAGGUAGGAAGUGACUACUGAAACCUUCAGUCCAACCUCAGUGUAAUCCGUCCCUGUGGCCAGAGCAGGAAAAGGCCAUCUUGGAUGCAUUUGUAUGUCCUCCACUGCACAUGGGACCACAGCUCAGGCUUUGUCCUGGGAAGUUGAACCUCCUCAUCCCUCCAAAGCUUUCUCACUCUCCUCGCCUACCCCCAUAUCCAACCAGAACCGGGAGGUGACCUGUGAUCUAUUCUUAAGUGCCAGAUGAGAACACAGAUAGCCUAAUAGCAAAAUAGCUCUAUUUGUUUAUAAAAAAAUUUAAAAAUCCUAAAUCAAAAAUUGUACUGUAGGUAGCACUGUUUAGAGAACAAGAAAAUCCAAAUGAUGUAUUUUUACCUUUAUUAAGAUUAUCUUGUAUUUACUAUUUUUACCUAAAAUGGAAAGAAAUAAAAUUACCUCACAAGAG